AUGGAUCUGGCCUACGACCACAUUCAAGAGGAGGCCUUCCGCCGGGAUACUCCCAAACCAGAUGCUUACAAGGCAUUCUCUGCCAGCCCCUGGGGCGCCAAGAUUGGUGGCUUCUUCGGCAACAUGGUGAAGCAGGGCGAAUCUGUCUACAACCAGGCCUCCAAGGAGCUGGCCGAGGUGGGCGAGGAUGCCACCAAGGGACUUGCCGACCUGCGCGAAACUAUUAUCAGCCGCACUCGGGGCAUGUCGAUAACUGCCACCACCGGCGAGCAAGCUGCUAGAUCGGCUGAGGGCGGCAGCGAGGGCGCCCCGGCGGCAACCGGCUCUGGCGCCACCGACUCCGAGACGUACCUGUCGCGACUACGAAGCGAGGCGGCCAAGCGAAUCAAGGACCUCCAGCGCGCCGAAGACGCGGCCGACGAGGCGCUUCUCCGCUUCGGCAGCAAUGUCCGCGAUUUCUUGCGCGACGCCAUCCAGGUGGCGCCACCCGCCGACGGCGCCGAGGGCAGCACGGUGCUCUUUGAGAGCAAGGACGCCUCGGGCAAGCGCGUCAUCCACACUUCUCGAUUCGACGCUCAGCUUCAUGUCAUCCACACCUCCACCGACAGCUUCGCCAAGGACCCCGCGGGUGAAGAAUACAACAAGUUUACAGCCGACUUUGACGUUGAGAAGAAGACGACCGAUAUCGCCUCGGACCUAGAGAAAUACCCUGAGCUGCGCACCACAAUGGAGAAGCUAGUUCCCGAUCAGAUCUCGUAUCCCGAUUUUUGGAAGCGCUACUACUUUCUUCGCCGCAGUAUCGAAGACGCCGAGUCUCGUCGCAAGGAGCUCCUCAAAGCCGCCGCUGCCGAAGACGAGGUUGGAUGGGACGACGAUGAAUCCGAGGACGAAAGUGCUGCGGCGCCCAAGAGGCCCGCCUCUGUCGAGUCCACGACCACCAUCAACCCCAAGAAGGAGGGCCUGCUGAAGCCCAACGAGCAGCGCAAGUCGAACGACGAGAAGUCGCAGGCCGACAGCGAAGCGAGUUACGAUGUGGUCGGAGGCACCUCUGGUCUGCCCAGCCAAGCCGCCAGCAGCCCCAAGGAGUCGAAGAAGGACGAGGACAGCGAUGACGAUUGGGAAUAA